CAGGCAGCAGAGGAGAAACAGGAAGAGGAGGAGCAGAUGACAGAUCUGACGCGAUGCUUCAAAUCCAGCCUGAUGUUCAGACAGUCAGCAGCGAGACAACAUGGAGGCCACAGCUCUCUGCAUCAGACUGUUGGACGGCUCUCUCGUCUCCCCGCUGAUGACUGUGUUGUUGCUGCUGGUCGCACAAGUUGACUCCAGUUCUUCCCAAACAGCUGACGAAGCUUUUCCUCGGGUCGAUCCAAACAGACAGCAGCUCUUUCAAUACGAGCCCAUAGUUUUCAGCUGUGAGGGGCUGCAGGGACUGACCGGAUGGAGAGUGAUGAAGAAGAGCAGAGGAGUUGUUAAAGCAUGUUCUCCAAACUGGCUGACGUCAACAGGACCCUGCAAAAUUAAAAACGCUAUUCCAGCCGUUGACAGUGGAGAAUACUGGUGUGAAAUGGGACGAAAGAGAAGCCACUCUGUCAACAUCACUGUGACUGAUGGUCCUGUGAUCCUGGACAGUCCUGUCCUUCCUGUGAUGGACGGAGACGCUGUGACUCUGCGCUGCAGAAACAGGACAAUUUCCUCCAACCCCACGGCUGAAUUCUUCAAAGAUGGCCGCUUCAUGGAGCGCAGCUCUACAGGAGAGAUGACCCUCCACAGUGUCUCCACGUCGGAUGAAGGACUCUACAAGUGCAGCAUCUCUGGAGUUGGAGGAUCACCAGAGAGCCGGCUGACUGUCAGAGCUCAUGAAGAAGAGCCUCCGCCUUCCUCCCAUCAUGCCCCUCAGCUCUCUGUGCUGCUCUACAUUGGUCUCAGUGUUCUGGCUCUGCUGCUGUUGGUGGUGUUUUGGCGAUUUAGGAAACAUCAGUCAGUCAUCAGAGGUGCGACAACCUCUUCCUCCUUCCAGCCUUCUUCUUCUCCACGAGAAGUGUCUGGACAGGCCCGAAUCGCUGUUCCCUUAGAGGCGACAUAUGCUGUGGUCACCAGGCCCAGGGAGAUAACAGGCUACUGAGAGCAGAGACGCCUGACUGCAGAGGAAGGAAAACUGUAAUGUCUGCAAAGGAGGAAGUCGUUGAAUCAUUACUCAGUAAUCUGCUGCCUUCCUGAAUGAAUGAAAACACACAUUUUGUACUUUUAAACUAUUUUAAUCUGUUGACCCCUUGAAGAAUGAAAGUUCUAUCAGAGUACAUAAAAGCAUCAGUCAUUUCCAUGCUCAUAAGAGAUCCACGGAGAAACAGCCGAAGGUGUAUAAAGACGAGUGAAUGAGUUGAUUCUUAAGUGAGAGUUUCAGCUAACUCACAGCAUCGGUGUCUGUCAGGAGGUAUCAGUUCCCUCCAGUUAAACCACGUUUUUCUCUCUUCUCUGUUCACACGAGUGAAGUCUCUGUUUGCAAGGUCAGAGCUGCUGCCGCCGCCUCUAACUGCACUCGCUGUGACCUCUGUGGUCACACGCUGCGGCUGAUGCUGAUGUGAUGCUGACCUGCUUUGACCAUUAUUGUUAUACACCGUCAACAUAUUGUUAACACAGGACCUUUCCCACAAAUGGUGAGGUUGAGUGAAAUAAGUAUAAAAAGGUUGGCAUUUAAAAAUUUGUACAUUACAACAAAAACAACUCAAAGAAAGAAGACAAUCAUCUCUAAAAAAGCCUUUAAAAGAACAACAAUGGUAAACUUUGUGACUGCGACAAUAAGACACUGAAGUUGCUGUAAUGCUUGUGUUGGACAUGAUUUCUGGUAAGACAUAAAACAAAACACUUUAUAACAGACAAACAAUCCAUUCGAACCUGAAUAACGACUGGGAUGGCUGAAAAACAUUUUCAGCACAGUGCUGCCACCCAGUGGUGACCAUUAUUAUAGUGACUGACAUGGUUGUAACAGCGUUAUGUCUCUGGACAGUCUGACUGGAGGUUCUUUUGCUCCUCUAUCUCCUCCAGUUGUUUACUGAUUCGCUCCUUCAGAUUAUCUAACUCUUUCUUCUUCUCUGUCACUAUAGUAACUCCGUGCAAUGUUGAAUCUAAACCUGUGACUGUGUCCUGCUUUUUCUUCUCAAGUUCUUUCUUCACCACAUCAAGAUUUUUCGUGGCGUCCAGAUGCCGUUUUUCAUUCUGUUUCUCUUGUGAGUGUCUGGUAUUAUUUUCAUCUUUCUGUUUUACUUCCAUUUCCUGUUUUGUUACCUCAUGUAUUUGCGCUGUGAGUAGAUCUAUUCGGUCCUCCAGGUCCUUUUUG